AUGGAUAAAUUACACGACAAGACGGUUGGGUUUGUGGGAACAGGUGCAACUGCAGUUCAGGCAAUUCCACACUUGGCCCAGUGGGCAAAAAAGGUUAUUGUCUUCCAGCGUACGCCAUCGUCCGUGGAUGUUCGGGGAAAUUCUGUCACAGAUCUCACUUGGUGGAAAACAAUGAUCCAGGAAAAAGGCCCUGGAUGGCAACGAGGAUGUAUGGAGAACUUCAACUCCUUCAUAUCUAAUGACCCUCAAGUGCCAGAUGUCAAUUUGGUGGACGAUGCGUGGACCAGACUGCAGACCUUCAGCGCACUAAUUGGUAGUCGCUCAAGUCUUCAACCACAGUACCUGACACAGAUGAAAAGGCUGGACUUGCGUCGCCAGGAGAGAAUUCAUCAUCGCGUUGAGGCGACAGUCACAGACCCAGCAACUGCAGAGCUGUUGAAACCGUGGUAUCCCAGCUGGUGCAAACGGCCGUGCUUCAGUGACAACUUCCUAGCAGCCUUCAAUCGACCCAAUGUCUCACUGAUAGACACAAAGGGAAAAGGCGUCCAAACGGUGUCAGAUCGCGGUAUCGUUGUGGAUGGGACAGAAUACGAUUUGGACACUAUCAUCUUCGGCACGGGAUACAGCGUUGGGAGUAACGCUAAUGUUGAACAUGUGCCUGUCAUCGGACGUGGCAACCAGACCCUGCAACAGAAAUUGGGGCAAGAUGGAAUGGCCUCACUGCAUGGUAUAAUGACGUUCGGGUUCCCCAAUCUGUUCUUUCCAGCUCCGUACCAAGCAGGUGCCACUGCCAGUCAGGUCUAUCUUCUCGAUCAGCUAGCCAUUCAUGUUGCAUACAUACUCUCUCGGAAGCAGACAGGGGCAACUCAGUGA